UGGCGUUUAUGUUACAGUAGCUUUUUGUUCAUUUAUCAGACUGAGAACCAGGAACCAUGACUGGAUGAGAUUUUAGAUAGAAACAUCAUUAGUGGAACGUAAUAUUAUUCAUUACGGCAGCUCGGACAAGAAUAUGGGAGCUUCUGACUCUCAACCUGAGAAAAGGAUUGUACUUCUUGGGAAAACCGGAGAUGGCAAGAGCAGCGCCGGGAAUACGAUUCUCAAACAACAAGUCUUCAAGAGCAAAGCUUCGCCUGAAUCAGUGACGGCUGAAUGUGUCAGUGGAGACCGGAAGGUCCACGGCAAAAAGAUCAGCGUUAUUGACACGCCUGGACUCUUCGACACCGGUCUGAAUGAGGAGGCCAUCAAAUCCGAGAUCAUUCGGUCUGUGAUCGAAAGCUCUCCGGGUCCAGACAUGUUCACCAUCGUCCUGAAGGUUGGGAGAUACACGGGACAAGAGAUGGAGAUCGUGGAUAAAAUCGUUGAGUAUUGUGGAGAAGACACCUUCAAUCAUUCGGUGGUUUUAUUCACUCACGGAGAACAGCUGGAAGGUCAAACCAUCGAGGAAUUUGUCAAGAUGAGUCCAAAGCUGCAGGAGCUCAUUGAUAAAUGUGGAGGCCGCUGUCACGUCAUCGACAGCAAAUACUGGAAAAAUCGUAAAAUGGGAUACAGGAGCAACAGAGUCCAGGUGAAAAACCUGCUGGAGACCAUCGAGCAGAAGCUGAAGGACAAUCAGAACGGCUGCUACACCAACGAGCUGCUUCAGAUAGUGGAGGAGGAGAUUCAAGAGGAGAUGAAGAACAUAAACGAGGACAGUCUGUCGCCAGAAGAGAAGCGAGAAGCGGCGAAAAAGGUGGUGCACAAAAAACUUCUCAUCAGACUUGCGGGAGUGACCACGGGAACACUAACAGGUGCUUUUCUGGGCAUCGGUGUCGCUGUGGCCUCCGUAGUGACUUUACUGAAAGCCGCCAACAUUCCCGGAGUGGUGAAAGCCGGAACCGUAGCCGGGGCCGCGGGAGCCACGGGAAUAGCGGCGGGAGCAGCGGCGGUGAAGGCGGGGAUCGUCGCUGCGGGGGCCGGGGUCGGGGUCGGAGUGGCUGGUUCGGGUAUCGCUGCCGCUGCCGCUGCAGGUGUCGCUGUUGGAGUCGCGGCUCUUGCCGGAGCGAUUGGGGGAGGAGUUACCGGAUGCAAAGCCGCGGAAGAAACGGAUUCGGUGUGUGACGCAAUAAAGAAUGCAGCAAAACUCAACUAUGCGAAUGCCAAAGGUGCCGUGAAAAAGGCAAAGAAACAGCAACAAAAACUUUUUAAAAAGGAGAAGAACGAAUGUUCUGAUCUGGGAACAGAAUAG